CAGUGUUUGCCUCGGCCAUCCCUAGCAACGGGGGCCGAACGCUUACAGCAGAAACAACAACAAAAAGAAAGUCAUGUCAGCCGGCGUCCAUGCUGCAAGGAGCUUGAGAUCUGCUGCGCCCGCCUCCCAUUGGCCGGUUUCCAAUGGACAUAAUUUCCAGGAAUUCCAUGAUGAGCCUUUUCAUGGGACACAUGUGUCCCAAAAGUAGCUCCUUUUGCUCCGGGUCGUCCUGCUCACUUUCUGCUCAGCACCUCAUUCAGGACAACAUGAGAGCGCAUUACCAGAAGGUUCUGUCGGCCAAAGCUGCCGUCGACUCUUCUGUUCCAAAGACUCUCCUCACCAGUGUCAAAUAUAAAGACCAGAAAAAGAGAGAAAAACUGUUCAAAGCACUGAGGCAAUACCAGCAUAUCCUGCGGACCAGACGGCCGCUCUCUGCCCUCGGCGGGACAUCCACAAAAGGGAGCAGGAACCGCCCUGCCCGGGAUGCCAGUCUGCCCAGGCCUCUCAGCCCAGUAAGAAAGAACCAGCAGCCCCCGGUGGGAUGUCAGCCCAGCCAGGCCUUCGGUCAGAGGGCUUAA